AUGGAGUCCUUUGAUCCGUUUCGGGUGGUGGGCUCCAUCUGCGGACCUCUUCCGAUAUCCCCCACGCUGCUCUACGGCACACCGGUGUUGAUGGUGGCCACUGGCCGCACCUUUCAGCUCUACAAGGGCAAGGAACUGGCAAUGAUGCGCGGCGGCCCGACGUUUCAGGACUCGGUUCGUGCGGUAGCACAGGCUGGCAAGUACCGCGCCGUCGCGGAGGGGCCGCGCCUGCACGUCUACGUGCACCACAAGCCCCUCUGGUCGAGCCACCACGAAGCGGCCACGAAGCCGAGCAUCACACUCCUACUGGCCCAGGAUGACCUCCUGUUUAGCGUUGGCAACGACAAGCGCAUUGUGGUGUGGGAGCUCAAGACGGGCACAGUGCUGCAGGCAAUGUCGGUGGAGAACACUGAGACGGUCACGUGCCUUGCACUUCUGACGGGGUACACGAACAAGAUGCUUCUCGCGACGGCAGAGGGAACUCUGCAGCUCUGGAACUUCCGCUCUGGUGCCUGCCUGUGGUACUCCCUGCGUGGCAACGGUAGCAGUUCCGGGCAGGCGUCACGCGCCACCGCCGACGGUGCCGCCGCCAUCACGGCACUUGCUUGCAGCAGGUACAAGGACAUCGUCGCCUACGGCACGACGGAGGGGAAGGUUGUUGCGUGCAACGUGGCAACGGACGAGGUGAUCACCACCUUCGACCAUAGCGAGAGCUGUGCUGUUACGUCGCUGCUGUUUCGCACGGACAAAGACGGCCUGCUUGUGUCCGGCACGAGCCGUGGCGAGGUGGUCAUCUGGGACCUCGAAAAUCGAUGCAUGGACGGCACCUUGACGCGGUCCAAGCAAGUGCGCUCGGAGCUGGAGGCACUGGAGCGUCCACACGUCGACGUCGUGCACUCGCUCGUCAUGUUUGACUUGCCGGAGUACACGUCGUUGCUCAUCACUGGUGGCGCCGACAACGCCCUCAUGCAGUUCCGCUUUGACACCGUGGACGGCCUUGGCGUAUUGGUGCGGGAGCGCCGUGGACACAUGGGAAGCUGCACCAACGCCAUCUUCUACAAUACCGACCUCCUCGUUACGGCUGGCAACGACCGUGCCUUGCGCGUCACGCACGUCUUCUCCGACCGCGCAUCAUGGGAGCUGUCGCAGGGCAAGCUAGGAAAGCGUGGGCGCGAGAAGAACUUGGGGCGGGAGGCCGUGAAGCUGCCCCCUGCCACCGCGCUUGCCGCCGCGAUCACGCGCAACUACCAGUGGCCGAGUCUUGUGUCGCUACACGCCGCCUCGGCACUGGCGUGCGGCUGGCGAAUGGACACACGCGUGAUGGAGUUCAAGCUAUCCGGCAUCCAGACCUCCGCCCACACCGCCCGCGCUCUGGCGCUGUCGGACUGUGGCAACUACGCCGUCGUCGGAUACUCCAGUGGAAACGUUGCCGUUUUGAGCCUGCAGAACCGCAGUGUGCGUCACCUCUUCGAUGCCGACCUCGGUGCCGAUCGAGCCCAUGACAGCUCGGUGGAGUGCGUCGAAGUGGCGUGCGGCAACACCGUGGUCGUGACGGCCGGGCUGGACGGCGUGAUCAAGAUGUGGGACCUGUGGACUGGCAAGCUGAAGGCGGCCAUUCCUACCGGCCAGCCAAUGACCAAGUCGUGCAUGCACGAAGCAUCAUCGCUCUUCAUUGUUGCGCAGCAUUUCACCAUUCGCGUCUACCAUGCCAACCCCGACGUCGGCCUCACGGUGGAGGAGCUGAGCACUCCAGUUCGCGCGCUGGAGGGCCACAACAGCCCUAUUACGGCGCUCGCGCUCGCUCCUGACACGUACCGCUACGUAGCGUCGACCUCCGGUGAUGGUGCGCUGCUUGUCUGGGACUUGGCUGCCGCCGCCUGCGUCGGGCAGUACCGCUUCGCAUCGCCUGCUUUGUCCCUCAGUUUUCAUCCCGAUGCGCUCUUCCUCGUCACCACGCACGCCGGUGAGCGCGGCGCGUACCUGUGGGUCAACAACAUUCGCUACGGGUACGUGCCGGAGGUGGUCCGAAGUCCAAAGGCGAACGCGGUGGAGACGCUGCCGUGGCUACACUUCCCCACCGCGCACGGGGCAGCUGAGGAAACUGCCGAGGAAAGCGCAAACGGCAGUGUGCCGCGCACGUCGGCAGCCGCAGCGCUCACGGAGGCGGAGGAAGAGGCGCGGGAGGCGGCAGCCGCCGAGGCAAACCUGUUUGAUGCAUCGCAGGACAUUGCCCUGGCGCGUCGGCGACAGACGGAGGCACAGCAAGCGGCGCUCGACGCGAUCACGACAGAAGGGAUGCAGCUAGCUGGAGUGCCGCAGCGCCUGUGGUUCAACCUCACUGUGCUGGACCAAAUCAAGGAGAAGAACCAACCCCUGUUGCCGCCCAAGAAGAAGGACGUGCCGUUCUUUCUGCCCACCACACAAGAGCUGCGGCCAACGUUUCUUGUCAUGGUAUCCGACAACCGCAAGAACGAUACCGAGAACGCGAAGAGACGACUGAUGCACGCCGACAUGGAGGAGCUGACGCCGGUGCAGGAGAUGCUUGUGAACGAGAAGCACGACGCUCUCAUGGACUACUUUUUGUCUCUCAAGACCGCGCAAGCGAUCGACCUGGAGCUGAAGCGCGCGGUGGACUAUGUGAGCGGCAGCAGCUACACAGCCGCUGAGCUGGCGAGGAUGCAAGCGUGCGUGAAGGGCCUGCUGUCCUUCAUCACGGCGUGGCUGCGGCGAAACAAGAACGUCGACUUUGUGCAAGGACUCCUUGCGGACGUGGUUCGCUCUCACGGGGCACUGCUGACCCGCUUCGGCGACGCGCUCGUGCCGGCGCUGGAGGAGUUGGCGGAGGUGCAGAACACGCUCCGUCACUCGGUAGAUCACCUGGUGUCGUACCCAGCCUGCCUCGCGGGCACCUUCUCUGGCUCUAUCUUCUAA